GCAGAGCGGCCGGGCUGCAGCGAGGCAUCGGCGGCGGCCGGGCUGAGCCCCUCCCGCCCUCCGCGGCGAGCCCGCCUCCCAUGGGCUAGGCAGCUGGCGAGCCUGUGGGCCGGCUGGCAGCCGGAGACGCGGCUCGGGCGCACAUGGGGCUGGCGGGUGCCUGGCGGGGGCAGCGCGGGGCUCCGGCAGCGCCUCGGAGAGCGACCUGACGCCCCGGGCAGGAGCCCUCUGCCCCCCCCCCCACCCCGCCGCCGGGGGUGCGCGGCGCUGCGGCUCCGCCGGCCCCGCUUCGAUUCCGGGGGGGCUGCCCGGGGGAGCCGAUGCGGGGCGGUCCGGGUCCCCAGCCGCCGCUGAGCGGGACGCGAGCUGACCUGGAGGACGCCCCGCUGUAGCCCGCCUUGCGAGCGAGAGGAGCAGGAGCCAGCCCCCCAACGCAGAGCUGCUUUGGAGCCCGGGGUGUCAGCGCGGGGCGCCCCAAAUGGCUGGGGAGAGGAAGAUCUGAUCCUAAAACCUUUGAAACGUGACAAUGUGGAUGAAACCGCUUUUAGCAAUCAGUUCGAUGUCUGUCCGCAGGUCAGGUUGCCCGGUAGGAAGCCAUGCUUGGAUAUUAAUAGCCAUGUUUCAACUAGCCAUGGAUUUCACCAUCUGUGAAUCUGUAGCCCAAGGCCAAGGGUUUAGGCUCCUGCAAAGGCCUUCUCACUGGCCUAGAUUGUCCCAUAGUCCUUUGUGGAGUUUUAAAAAUGGACAGCAACUGAGGAUUCCUGGCCCUUUUUGGAACCAUGUUUCUUCUCAUCCUGAACGAUCUCAUGGGCAAAUACAAACAUAUCAUUCAAAAAGGCCACACAAAGCCACAGACCAGUUAGCAGGCUUUUAUAAAAGCCUGCAGUCCAAGCACUCCGCUACUGCAAAAUCAGCCCCUUCUUGUGUAGAUGGGAGCAGCAGGAGUACAGAACAGCAGACUCAUUUGAAAAGGGGGAAAAGGCACCUCCGAGGAAGCAAUUUUGAUCACAGAGACAGGAGGCCCACCACGGUGCCUGAAGUAAUUGUAUGGGGCCCAACAGGAGAAGAGGACUCCAUAGAAACCAGUACGUUCCCUGGGAAUUAUGGCACCACCACAACUUCCGCUUUACAAACCAGAACGACUACUGUGGCAACCACCACCACCACCACUUCCACUUCCACCACUGUACAGUCUAAGGGGUUCACAGCAUCACCCAUGUCAGGGCUUAACAAACACAAGAACAACCCUGGCAGGAUUAGCACAACGGAACCCUACACCAGCCACAAGAGCAAUGGAAAAGAAGCCCGUCCACCUAAGAUAAUGGGAGACACUACAGGUCUGGCAGUCCAUCAGAUCAUAACAAUCACAGUGUCCCUCAUCAUGGUCAUAGCUGCUCUGAUAACAACUCUCGUCUUAAAAAAUUGUUGUGUGCAAAGUGGAAACACACGGCGGAACGGCCACCAACGCAAAAUCAAUCAGCAGGAAGAGAGUUGCCAGAACUUGACAGACUUCACCCCAGCCCGUGUGCCCAGUAACCUGGACAUAUUCACAGCCUACAAUGAAACACUACAGUGCUCCCACGAGUGCGUCAGGACACCAAUGCCAGUGUAUACCGAGGAGAUGUUACACUCACCCGGUGAUUAUAAAACAACGUUCAAUGGAAACAGGAUUCCAUUGGUGAACUUGUAAAAAAAAAAAAAAAAAAAAGGGUUACCAAUACCUACCAUUUCUGUUUACCAGUAGGAGACUCAAACAGCAGCACUCUAUGUGCCAAAUAUAUUUUUAUAAAAAUGAACACACCUGUAGGAACCUGCAUUUUCAAAGCGCGCAUUUAUGGGAGACAAGGAAAAAAUGUGCAAGCAAAGAAGCCUAUGAAGAGAGGGGAAGUUAAGACGAAACAAAGGAAAAGGACUGAACGUCUGGAGUUUGGGAGAUGGACUGUGAUUCUGAACCUGUGCCAAUAAUACCAUUAUGUGCCAUGUACUGAUCUGAAAGACUUCGCAAGAAGCUGAAGCUAAGUGAAUUACACAUAGAAAUAUUAGAGAAAACCGGGGUGGGGAAUCUCUUCUGAUAGAGUCAGUAUUUCUGGUUAAUAUACAUAUAUAUAUAUAUAUAUAUAUAUAUAUAUAUAUAUAUAUACACACACACACACACACACACACACACACUUUUUGUACUGUAGCAAUUUUUGAAAAUCUUAAAUAUUCAUUUUUAAAAAAUUGUGUCAUGGGUUACAAAUCUGAUUUCUUUACCAUUCUUAGUGUGAACUAAAUAAACUGAUGUUUUCUACUUUGGCAGCUUGCCUUUAAAACACACACCCACACACACACACACACACAUAUUUGAAAUAAAUUUCCACUAGUGAACAAAUUAUUUGCCAUCCCCAAUAAACCAUUGAUUAUAGAGGAUUCCCUGAGAAGGUUUUGAAACUCUGUUAAAGUGACAGUUCUCUUAUCCAUUGUAGAGUUGCCAGGGUGUUAGCAAGAUGCAGAAGGGAUUAUGUGAGACCUAAAGCAGAAACGUAUGGCAAUGUUCAUUUAUAUGAUCAGUUGGUUCUGACAGUUCUCAAAAGAAAGAGAAUGGUUAAUAAAUAGUAUUUGGGGCUGUUUUGAAACAAAAGCGGAAUUGAGAUGUGUUUUGAAUACAGUUAAAGUAUAGAUGCCUCUGGGCCAAAUUGACAAAGACCAUUCCAGUUAUUGUGAAAUUAAAAAAAAAUCCCCAAAUUUAAACCACACAGGCAAGGAAUCAGUAGGAGAGCCCAAGAGCACGGCCCUCAGAUCUUAGCCCAAAAUUCAAGUAACAGCACUGCUAUGAAAUAGCUAUGAAUGGAAGAACAUUCUGUGUUUGGAGGGUAAAUUUAAAACCAGACUUCAUUCCAAAUGGCCCCGGUUGAUACUAUUUAAAUGACCUGGCUUCUGCUCCGUGUAAACCAUUGUACCCUGGCCAAGAUUGUCAAAAAUUAUCUCAUGCUAUUUUCUGUGUGGUAAAAUCUACAGAGACAAAUUCCUCCCUUCCAUUCCUCAACCCCAGUCACUAGACAUUGCAUCGGUAAAGACACCAAAGUGAUCAACUCUCCAUUGCACUUUCUAGUUUAUGGUAAGACAUCUGAGGCUAAGAUACACUGCACUAGACUGCUGAAAAUCUGAAAGCAGAGUCUGAAGGCUGCAUCAGCGCCUGUAUCCAGCAUCCAUUUAUUUAGACAAUAAAUACUGAAGAAACUUCACAGAAAUGAACAGUUGAAACCAGCAGCAAGGGUUACGGUUACUUUAAACCAGGUAUAUGUGUUAUAGUGGCUGCCCAGGGAAAUGGAGUGGAGAACUUUUUUUACCUUUUGGAUUAAUGCAUCAAGAAGGAGCAUAGAAGGAAACCCUGAAAACAACUCUUAAGUUUCCUCUGUUUUAUAGUGCCCUGACCCCAUUUGUAUAUUUAUGGUGUUAUAUCUAGGGGGCUGGCCAGGGACAAGUUUUAAACAUUACUCAGUUUGUGGGAAAAUGUAGGAGAAGGUUCCACUGUUGACACUUGUAUUUUGCUCAUAUCAGUAUCAUCUUAUCAUGGCAAAUUAUGAAUCACCAUAUUACACAAAGCCACUGCAUUGAUGAUGGGUGAAGUAGCAUUUUACAGUCCUUGUUCCCUUGUGGAGCUGCAGAGUACUUCCAAAAACAGGUGUGCAAAUAUUCAUUCUGAUUUUUAAAUGCAUUCACUAUGACUGUGGCUCUGGAUAUGCCUCUUCUGUGUUUGCUUUUUGUGAACUUGCUAUUGAUGGUGUUUUAUUGCCAUAAAGUGAAUUUCUAAGUCAGAGGUGAGUGCUCUUGAAAACUGAAUAUCAGAUUUCUGUGUGUGAUUAUUCAUGCCAGAAAAGCCUGUAUUCUCAUCCUAUCAGAGAAGAACAACAAUCUGAGACUCCUUUGGCCAAUAACAACUAACCAACAUUGGACCUGAUCCAAAGCCAACUGAAGUCAGUGGUGUCCUUCUAUUGACUUCCCUAGGCUUAGAUUACGUCUGUGGCAUGAAUAGCAAAUGCUGUUAAAGAACUACCGGUACACAGCCAGUAAAAAAGACCUCAAAUUAUUUUGUAUAAUGAAUAAAACUGAAUGAAUGUAUCAGUCUGCUCACAGAGAUUCCACCAGCAGAAAAGGUGAAGGCAAAUUUCUUGUGAUAAAUUAUGCUUUUGUUAAAUCAGCUCCAAUCUCUUACUUUUUAAUAAUAUAUCACAUGUCCAUUCUCGAGGUAGUCUUUUUUGCUAAGGGUAAUAAACUGUUUUGAACUUGUUGACCUAUGUUUGAACCUUUGCAGUGGGAUGGAGGUUCUGAUAAUUGGCAGUAGGGUAGCAGGCGGAGCUGUGCUGGAUAGCGAGAUCAAACUCAAAGUUCAGUUUGGCUGUCAUCUUUAAAUACGAGGGGUGGGAACAGCUCCACCCCAUUAACAGCCGCUGAUAUCUAUCAAGGGACUGCUUCUGCAGAUUGAAAGGUGUCCUAUUGUGUGCACACUUCAACAAAUAAGUAGGUGACUCUUCAAGAUAGACUUUAGCAAACAGUUUUCAAAGGCUCCUCCUAUCUCUAAAAUCUGCCUCCCUCCCAUGCCUGAAAGAGGGCACCUUCCAUUUUACAAAUGACUUAUCAAACUCCCAAGGCUUGUAGCUAAUUUUUUUAGAUAGUGGCAUCUGAAUCAUUUUAACUGAAGCAUACAGCACAAACAGUUCAUAUGACCUGACAUGUUUAAAAUACCAAACUCUGCUCUAGUGAUUCUGAUGUAAACCUGGAGUAACCAAUGAAAUAAAUGUCAAUGGAGUUAGUUUACAUCAAGGUAACUGAGAGCAGCUUUUUUAACCCAAAGCCCCUAAAUCCCCUUUCUAAACUGCUCUCUCAACGGUGGGAUUAUCCAGAGCUACAUCUAUACUUAUACAUUAAGUACUAGACUCAAUUUUUCUAUUACAUUCAACAUUUAAUUAUUUUAGAAGAGAGUGAAAACACUCCUCAUUAUACCUAGGCAAUGGUGCACAUUGCACCUGUGAAACAUUAUAACUCAUGCAAUCGCUUGUCUUUCUAUAUUACUUUCUAUCCAUUUUUAAUGCACCUGUGUUUUUCUAAUCUACUGCUGAGCUCUGGGAGGAAAUCUUCUUUGCCCUGCUCCACCAUAACAUCUAUGGGCCUGACUCAAAGCCCUUUGAAGACAUUGGAAAGACUCCCAGUAACUCUGAUGGACUUCGAUUCGUGCCCUAAAUUAUUUUUCUCAAAAGACCCAGCCACUCUAGAGCCACUCUGGUAAUAUAUAUGAGAAGUAUAAUAGAAUUUUGUCAAUGUGCACUGUUAUAUUUUUCCAUGUUAAAUUUUAUCUUCCAUUGUGCUGCUCAACAUUUAAUUGUCUACAUCCAGCUUAAGUUUAUCACUGUCCUUCACAGGUUUUAUAAAACAGCUAAUCAGCAAACUUCAUCAACUCGGCAUCCAUUUUCCCUAUGAAUAUUAACCCCCAAAGUAACCUAUUACUAACCUCUCUCCACUGUGUGCUGCAGCUGUACAUUAGCAUUAUGUUUCAUAGAGCACCUAAUCAGUUUUUAUUCCAUGACAAAACUUUUCUCCUGAUGCUAUAGUCAUUUAUUGCCUGAGGGCCAGAUUCUGAUCCUCUUAAGUUGAGUAAAUACCACUUGACUUCAAUGAGACUUCUCACAGUGAGGCACUGUUCAGUAUGAGUUAGGGGAUCAGAAAUUUUCCCCUUAAUAAUAUUUUACAGGUGACUUUAGCAAAAUCUUUCAGAAAACACAAGUAAAAUUGUGUUCCUGUGUGACAUUAUCUUCUAUUUCAAACAACUCCAAGGCUAGACAGAUAUGUUAGAUUACAUAUACUUCCCCAAAUACUCUGCUUUUGUGAUUAGUUAGACUCUUCUAUUGUAGCAGGGUGAAGUUUGCUGAUCUGUAAUUCUAGGAUCUCCCAGGGCUACUUUUAAAAGAACUUCACCCCUGAGCACCACUGAAGUUCCAUGUAUAGCCUAUAAAGCAGGAUUUAAGCGGUACACAGCUCUUGUUUCCUGUUCUCUAUACAGGGGAGAAUUUCACAUCAAAGGACUGAAGCGCCUUCAGCAACUUCCCUUGAAAAUAUAAUGUAUGUGUAUACAGUGCUCUGCCUCCACCUCUCCAAAACAUUACUGCCAUCAGGGGCAGAUACUGUCAGGCCCUUCUCUAGUCACCAGUGGAGUAUUAACCCAUGGCCACGUAAGAGCUUGACUUCUACCUCCUAAAUUCAAAUUCACUGAGGUGCUAUGCUCAUCCAGUGUGACAUUCCAGACAUAAUGAUGCAGGCACUAUAUUCACUAUAUUCACGGAGGAGAACAUACACUAGAUUGCUUUAAUAGUGCAGAAAGCUUAAUUAAUAAGCAUAACUGACUGCCCUGUUUUGAUUAAUAAUUCUACUAAUCAGCAUUAUUAUUUCUAUGUAUAUACGAGCCUUAUUCUCCUCUAGCUCACACUGGUGUAAAUCAGGAGUGACUCCAUUGGUGUCAGAGGAGUUACACCAGUAAAGCACCUUUAAGUGAGAAGAGUCUGAGACCCCCCUCCCCCACAGCAUGCACUCUUCAGAGUCCCACCCCCGUCUGUCAGCAUAUCACAACUUACAUACAGUGAGGGUUUUGCCGUCCUUAGCACCACCUAGUGCACUCAACAAACUGUAGAGGCACUAACCACAAUUAGCAAUAUACCUAAUAAGCAACACUUUUUUUAAAGCAAGCAGUUAAACCAAAACUUGCACGAUUAAUGUGAUUUUGGAGUGAUUACUUUGGUGCAAUCUGUUGAUUCAGUAUAUGGGGGCUUUUGUAUUUUACCAGUGUAAACAAUGUAGCCCUCAAAAACUAUCAAAACUCGCCAGCACAGAGUAUAUACGUUUCCUUUUUUCUUUUACUUAUAUAGCACUGACCCUCUUCCAACUAUGAAGACUGUUUUGUACCUUUACCCAUUGAUCUUCUAUUUAUUUGUAUUUGUUGGCUGCACUGAGUAGUACUUGUAGGUAUUCCAAUGUAUCCUAAUGGCAAUUUGACAUCAUAAAAUAUAUUUCAAAUCCCUUAUUCCAAAAUGUUUGAAGCAUUGUUACGUAUUUUUGCAUCUAUGGUGUUAGAGUCUGAACUGCAGGAAUACAUUAUAGUAGGAAAUGGAGUGAACUUUGUAUCCCAUGUGAGGUAAGCAGGAGGGGCCCCAAACUCCCAUGGGAUAAGCAUCCUCAAGAGAGAAUACCUCGGACCUCAGGAGACUCAAGUAUGAUUUCACAUGGCAACUUCAGGAGCUUUCCAUACACUCUGCAAAGGGACAGAUUUGGUCACUGUGAGACAGACAGGGGCAAAACAGAAAACAAAAUGACAUGCACAAACUUCCCUUCUUUGUAAGGACCAACAGCACUUGCACUUUAUCAAAAGAAUAUUGACAUCCCUCUGUAUGCUAAACAAACCAAUAAAGGGAUCAGCCAGCAGACCCACCGGCAGGAGACGUAGAAUUCAAAACUGCAAAUACAAUGAUUCACCGUGCAGAAUUCUAAUGUCCUGGCCUUUUAUAUGUUCAAAUAAAAAACAACAAAUUAGGUUAAUUCAUUCCUUGUAUCUCAUGGAAGCCAAAAAAAAAAGUAGAAUUAUAUGGUUGUGUGGAAUAGAUGUUUACCAAUUCUUUUUCUGUUACAUUAGAGAGAACAGAUUCCCCCACACUCUGUAUCUGAUGAUAGGAGUCUGUUUAGAUUUACAUUAUGCCUUCAGCCAGAUUUCACCAUGGGAAUCUUACAACAGCAGAAUGCCAUCAUCUUUCAAUGCAUCCCCUUUCUGGUGAACAUGUAAGCCACAUCUGGGGCUGAUGGUAAAUGGCAUAGUUCCAUUGACUUCAGCUGUCACCAGCGGAACAUCUGGCCCAAAAUCCUUUAGCAAUGAAGAGCCAAAUGCUUAUGCCAUAGAAUUACUUUCCUUGUGCAUGUAGUUCCACUGAGUUUAAUGGGACUUAAUCCUGUGAGAAAACUUACUCGGGUGGAUGUUGGUAGGAUCAGGCCUAAGUAAGUAUUUUGUAUUACAGUCAGAACCAAAAUCCCUUUUCCAGCAAAACUGCACUCCAUAGGGUAGUGUGAUAUCCUGUACAUCAAAAUAGAGCAUGAAGACCCCGGACAUUUUAGUUUUAUUUACAUUUACUUGGGGCAAUAGUUUUUUCCACUCAUGGGCAACCAAUGUCAGAGCAAGUCUCCUGCAAAUAUGCCUUAUAUUUCAAGGGAGAUAUUGCAACAAUGUUACGCUAUGGAAUAUGGGGUAUAUAUUUAUUGUGAAUAGAUUAAUAGAUAAUAAAUGUCAAUAUGCAACCACAUAUAAUAUUAAGACUAGCGUUCCAUCAGAGAGUUCUGCUGACACUCAAAACAGCAAGGAUGGGCUGCUUUUCAGCAGAACUCUAUGACAGAGUUCUGUUGCUGUAUAUGUGGGAUAUAUAAUAUAUAUAUGCAAACUUUAGAAUGUUUCUUUCUGUUUACGUUGAAAUUUUUUUCAGUUUACGUUCCGUGGGCUUGAUUCUGCUAGGUUCUAAGCACUUACUGGACCCAGUUCGGAAAACUCCUUUCUCAUGUGAAUAGAGCUGAUUUCAGUGGGAGUUGAGAGAGCUCAGCACCUGGUGGGAGCAGGGCCCAUGUUCCCAGAAAGUCAUAAUAGAGUACUACCAAUGUGAUGUCACAAUAGAAGUUUUAGGAGGUCAAGAGGUUUUGAGAGGCAGCAUUGCCUAGCUGAAUGUGCUAGGGGUUGGGAGUCAAAAACUCCUGUCCUAAUCUCAGCUCUUCCAGAGACUUACUGAGUGAUUUGGGACAAGUCACUUAAACUCUCUCUGCCUCCUUUCCUUCACCUGUAGUAUGGGGAUAACAAUGCUUCCCAAAUCUACCUGGCAAGGGUGUUGUGAGCAUUAAUUAUCUGGUGUCUGUAUUCUGUUUUGAACAUGUUCAGCACAGUAUAUGUGCUAAGUAUUAUUAUGUCCAAUCAGUAGCACUGCGUUAUCUGCUGGAAUUCUCAGAGACCAUAGCAACAUUACCGAUAAGAUACCCAUGGAUUGCAGUGAUAUUCAGAGAUUUGUAUAACACAAGAUACAGA